CAACCGCGUUGAACUCUGUGUGUCGCCUGCCUUGUUGUGAGCAUACCAUGUUUGGUGCUCCAGCACUGUGUGCUGCCGGCAAGUGGUCGGGAUGAAGGUCUGAUCAGUGCAGUCCAGCAACAAUGCGACCAUGAGCCGAAACACGCACCUCCCGCCAGACUCGCACACGGCGCGCCGACUCGAGCAUGCCACUCCCGACCACCUGCAUCAGACCACCCGUCGUGUCUUCAUUGGACCCAUCCCGGAAGGCUGGCUGAGCAGCCACCGUAAAGAAUGGUACAAGCAAUACGUCGGGGGCAGAAGCAAACGCACUCUGUCCUUCCGAGCUGCUGACCCGGCCGCCACCGUCCAGCACGUCGAUGGAGCCUCGAGCAGCCGGGACCAAGGAGGGGAAGUCGCGGGCGAUGUGGUGUCCGCAGAGGAAGCACCUCGUCUGUCCGGCAUCUCGGAGAACGCAGUAGGAGGGAGCGCAGCAUUAGGCCCGGCGAGCACGACCAGUCUGCUGCACAGCCAGAAUAGAUCGAUACUCGAAGCGGUCGAGACUCACGAACAGGCCAACGCGGAACAGCAUGCUCCUUCAGGCAUAUUGCAGAGCAAUGGGACUGCAGACAAGGCUGCUGGCAAGACGCCCGGCGCAAGGGUGCGCUUCACCGAGGCCAGCAGACUACAGCUACGUGCCAAGGCAUCACGACUGGCAGCGAAAGGUGGCCUCCGACAUCGUAAGAUCAAAACCGGCGAGAUGAUGAAAGUGGACAAGAUGCUUGUGCGCAUCGAUAUCACACAGCAAUCGCUACGUGAGGACUACGAUGAGAAGAUCAGUCAAAGCGUUGUCACCAAAAGCAUGGACAAAUGGCGCGAAUUUAUGGUGGUAUGCCGAAGUCACGAGGAAGAGGAUGCCCAUGCAGUUCUCCAGCUAUAUCAAACGCGAGUCAUCAAUGUUUCUGAAGACGAAAAGGUCAAGAAAAAGCCCAAGGUACAGAUACUGCUCGGGAACAGUAAAGUCCGCGUCAAUUUGUACUCGUCACUCGACAAGACGCUAUGCUUGUGGACCACAGAUGGCGCCAGAACCACGAUAUACUACCUGCGAGCACCAUCGAGUGCCACGGCUGUGGAAUGGUACACUUUCUUGCGAGGAGUGCUUGGCCAUAAGAGGGCCGAGACCUUGCAGGUCAACAUACCUGAUCUCAGUGUCAGCUUGCGCCUUGAUGACCCCUUCAAAUCAAUUGAGACGUCGCAGACGGCAGCCGACGCCGCCGUUGGUGACGAUGAUGCUUUGCUCAAGGCUGUCAACGAGGAGAAGGGUGUUGCCGGAGGCAUUGUCACACGAUGCAUGGACAUGCUUCGCGAGAAUCCAGAGUGGCAAGAUGUGCUCAAGGUUUGGGCCCAGGAAAACCACAUAGGUCUUGCCUGGAAACGCUACGAUCGACUGGAAUGGUUACAUGGUGCUGUAGAGCAGAGGAUGUAUGGCACGAUUGCUAUGCAGCGCACCCACGAUCUAGAGCUUCGGCCGAAGGACCACUAUCCGAGUCAUUUGAAGCGGUCUGAUGGCUCUGAUCUUGCAGAGCCGGCUCCAGUCGAAGGCUUCUUGAUCCGCCUGACAUCACAAAGAGGCACAGAGCAGCGUCUCGGCAAGAUGCUAUACAAGCGACUGUAUUUCACCACUCAGAACCAAUACCUGCUUUUUACCCGUCCCGCCAAGGCAACGCCCCCGCCUCCUCCCAAGAUGACUGCACAAAACAAUGCUGCCACCAUACCAUCUGCUAAAGACUUAGCAGCACAAGUGCCACUUGCUUAUGAUGUCGAACCUUACGAGUUGCAAGGCAACAACAUCGCUUGGCUGGACAGUCAAGGCGUUGUUCCUGCAGCGGAGGUGCGAAAUCGAGACGAGGAGGCUGCAGCAGAAUCCGAGCGCAACAUCAAUAUGUUGCUGGCAUCCGACGGCUUCAUCAACUUGUGCAACGUGCACCAUGUACGGAACUUUGUCAACGGCGCCUCGCCUGCUGAUGAGAACCUCGAAAAUGGCGAAGAGAUCGACUUCCACGUGCAAGUCCCUGACACCAGACAGGACGAUGGCGCGACAACCGAACUGGACGAGGAUCGAGUUUUCGAGCUCGUGAUGAAGAAUGGACUGGUCGUUCGUCUACAGGCUUACAACAAAGCCACUCGAGACGAAUGGGCGAAGCGCAUGCGGCAAUUGGUGACAUACUGGACAGUACGAAAGAAGGCAGACAUGGACCUGUACAAAUCCACUCGCGAGCAGAAUCUGCGACAGCUGGGUAUCGAUGAGCGUGCUGAAGCUGUCGUGGGUCAAUUCGCAUACAAGUGGGAGGUGGGCAAGUCGUUUGCCUCACCGACCUUGUACAACAUGUGCGGAAUCUCUGCAUGUCGUGCCAUUCAUCUCGACGGAGUAUUGUUCCGGAAGCCCCGCAAGCAUACUACUUUCGAGCGCAAUCGCGUUAUACUCUCGCAUGGUCAUUUGUUAAUAUUUCAGGAUACCCUGCGCAAGCGCACCGGUAAAAAGCUACAGCACAUCCACCACGAACGAAUUGCCUCCAUCGACCUGACAGGUUGCUACCUCUAUUCUGGCUUACUUACCGAGAACGAUCUCCUAUACCAGAAUCAGACCUUCGACUCUAAUACGCCAGGGCAUCACGCCCUUCCACGCGUUUUCUUGGAAGAUGGCUGGACAAGUACGGACGAGGAUGCCAUGACUACGUUCGUGAUCUGGCAUGCUAAUAGCAAUUCUUGGUUCAAAAGCUCGUCCACCGUCGACGAUCAUAAGACUCAACAACAGCAAGCCGAUGCAGAUCGUAAAGUUCGAACCAAAUUAACCAGAGUUAGCAAACUUGGAGCCACGGGACGAAGUGUUGUGUUCAAAGCACGCAGUCGCGCGGAACGAGACCACUGGGUUUUGGCUAUACAGGUGGAGAUUGAGAGGCUUGCGAGCCAGGUGGACGAGGUGCGACUAGUCAGUGCUGGGAAGAAGGAUGAUGGCGAAGCUGAAGUUGAGGAAGGUUGAAGGAGGGAGAGAGAGUCUUCAACACAUUCGUGAACAUUUAUCGUUUGAGCGUGGGCGUUUUGUUCUUGCGGCAUAUUCAGCACAAUACCCUUGGGCGUAGCAUGGCAGGAAGACAGAACACGAUGCAUAAUACUGUACAGUAAUCUCUAUUUGUUAGAACAGUAUGCUAGCAGGC